UCGGUGGACCAAUUUGGGAAACUUGAAACCAAAAAUUCCGAAGAAACGAAGAUGUCCAGGUUCAUCCUCCCAACCAAAAGAGGGAGAAUAUUUACUAGGAAUCUUCAUCAUCCCCCUUUUGUAUCUUUUGUUGGUUGGAUCAUUAUAAAUUCAUAUCCCAUCGUACCAAUUCAAAAAACAUUGCAGAAUCCUCCUCUGAUUCCCCUUUUUGUUUCUUUUUCUCUCCCACUUUCUACCCCCUCAGCUUAAUCUUCUCCUAUUUCAGCUGAAUUUUCAUUAAUCUCGCUUUGAAGCCUUCGUCUCCAUCUCUAACGGCGUCCAUGGCGACUGGUUUCAUCAAAACCCCAUCUCCAUUUCAUUUUAUUCAGAGAACUUCCUACACCCAUUUGGGCGCUCCGAUUACAGUCUCCAUUGCUGGCAGCUCCAAGGCGAAGAAGACCCAUCUCCCGCUCCGGGUUUCGAUGGGUUUGAUUGAACCGGACGGCGGAAGGCUGGUGGAGCUUCUGGUUGAGGAGCCUCUGCGGGAUCUGAAGAAGAAGGAAGCCUUAUCCUUGCCCGCGAUCCAGCUUACGAGCAUCGACAUUCAGUGGGUUCAUGUGCUCAGCGAAGGAUGGGCCAGUCCUCUUACUGGAUUCAUGAGAGAAUCCGAGUUCCUCCAAACGCUUCAUUUCAAUUCCCUCAGGCUUCCAGAUGGGUCUGUGGCGAACAUGUCAGUGCCCAUUGUUCUCGCCAUUGACGAUGCCCAAAAGCACCGCAUCGGGGACUCCACCAGUGUGGCUCUCAUUGACGCCAAGAACAACAACCCCAUUGCUAUUCUGAAGGAUAUUGAGAUCUACAAGCACCCUAAAGAAGAAAGGAUAGCAAGAACCUGGGGCACCACAGCCCCUGGGCUCCCUUAUGUUGAUCGUGCUAUAACCAAUGUUGGUAAUUGGCUGAUAGGAGGUGACUUAGAGGUUAUAGAGCCAAUCAAGUACCACGAUGGCCUCGAUCGAUUCCGACAGUCGCCUGCAGAACUACGGGAGGAAUUCACCCGGCGAAAUGCAGAUGCAGUGUUUGCUUUCCAACUGCGAAACCCAGUACAUAAUGGGCAUGCAUUACUAAUGACUGAUACUCGCCGUCGACUGCUUGAUAUGGGAUACAAGAACCCCAUUUUGUUGCUUCAUCCUUUGGGUGGCUACACCAAGGCCGAUGAUGUUCCACUUAGUUGGCGAAUGAAGCAACACGAGAAGGUGCUGGAGGAUGGUGUUCUUGAUCCAGAGACAACAGUGGUCUCCAUAUUUCCAUCUCCAAUGCACUAUGCAGGGCCAACAGAGGUGCAGUGGCAUGCAAAGGCAAGGAUCAACGCAGGAGCCAACUUUUACAUUGUUGGACGUGACCCAGCUGGAAUGGGUCAUCCUACGGAGAAAAGAGAUUUGUAUGAUGCAGAGCAUGGGAAGAAAGUGUUGAGCAUGGCACCUGGACUAGAGCGGCUAAACAUCCUUCCUUUCAGAGUUGCUGCUUAUGAUAAAACUCAGGGCAAGAUGGCCUUCUUUGACCCCUCUAGAGCUCAGGAUUUCCUUUUCAUAUCCGGCACCAAGAUGAGAGGACUAGCAAAGAAUAAAGAGAGCCCACCUGAAGGAUUUAUGUGCCCAGGUGGAUGGAAGGUGCUGGUUGAAUACUAUGAAAGUUUGGUACCUGCUAGCAGCAAUGGCAGACUUCCUGAACCUGAACCUGUUCUGGCGUAGGCUUAGGCUGUUGUGCCCGUCACAUGAUUUGCCUCGCUUUGUAAAUUCAGAUGCCCUCAUUACAUCUUUAGAUUUGUACAACACAGCAUAUUGUAUAGAGUUUGCUUGAGAUGGGUUUACCGAAUGUUGUCCUUAUAUUAUUCUGAUCCUUUACAGGUUUUGUUUCAAGUAGAUGAAAAGUUCAUGGAUAAUUACAAGGUUGUGGAUGAAAACUUUAUUAA